UCUCCGAAGUUGGCUCCCGCGCCAGCAGCCGCAUUGGAUCCGUCAGCAUACUGCGAGACUCCGGUGUACAAUCCGGAUCUCUGCCCCAACAUGAUUGCGGCCCAGGCCAAGCUGGUCUACCAUCUGAAUAAGUACUACAACGAAAAGUGCCAGGCCAGGAAGGCGGCCAUCGCCAAGACCAUCCGGGAAGUGUGCAAGGUCGUCUCCGACGUGCUCAAGGAGGUGGAGGUGCAGGAGCCGCGCUUCAUCAGCUCGCUCAACGAGAUGGACAACCGCUACGAGGGCCUCGAGGUCAUCUCGCCCACCGAGUUCGAAGUGGUGCUGUAUCUGAACCAGAUGGGCGUCUUCAACUUCGUGGACGACGGCUCGCUGCCCGGCUGCGCGGUGCUGAAGCUGAGCGACGGGCGCAAGCGGAGCAUGUCGCUCUGGGUGGAGUUCAUCACCGCCUCCGGCUACCUCUCGGCGCGCAAGAUCCGCUCGCGCUUCCAGACGCUGGUGGCCCAGGCGGUGGACAAGUGCAGCUACCGGGACGUGGUGAAGAUGGUGGCGGACACCAGCGAAGUGAAACUGCGGAUCCGAGAUCGGUACGUGGUGCAGAUCACUCCGGCCUUCAAGUGCACCGGCAUCUGGCCGCGGAGUGCGGCCCACUGGCCGCUCCCGCACAUCCCCUGGCCGGGACCCAACCGCGUGGCGGAGGUCAAAGCCGAGGGCUUCAACCUCUUGUCCAAGGAGUGCCACUCCCUGGCCGGCAAGCAGAGCUCUGCCGAGAGCGACGCCUGGGUGCUGCAGUUCGCCGAGGCGGAGAACAGACUGCAGAUGGGGGGCUGCAGGAAGAAAUGCCUCUCCAUCCUCAAAACCUUGCGGGACCGCCACCUGGAGCUGCCCGGCCAGCCCCUGAACAAUUACCACAUGAAGACUCUGGUUUCCUACGAGUGUGAAAAGCAUCCCAGGGAGUCGGACUGGGACGAGUCUUGCCUGGGCGACCGGCUGAACGGGAUCCUGCUGCAGCUCAUCUCCUGCCUGCAGUGCCGGCGGUGUCCCCACUACUUCCUCCCCAACCUCGAUCUGUUUCAAGGCAAGCCCCACUCGGCCCUGGAGAACGCGGCCAAGCAAACGUGGCGACUGGCAAGAGAGAUCCUGACCAACCCGAAAAGUUUGGAAAAACUUUAGAAGAUGACCUAAUCGAGAGCCGACGCGAUUGCUCUUCUCCAAGUCCUAAAUGAAAUGAAAACUUCCUGUAUCUAGUCUAACAUCCAACAGUGCAACAAUCUCUUCCUUAAAAAGGAUAAUACAAUGUUCAAGCAUCAUCUCAUACCUUCCAGGGAAGAAAAAGUAGGGGAAGCGAUGUGUGGGGGGGAAACCCAGGAGUAUUUUAUGAUUUCUUUAUAAAGGAUGGCCCGUCUCCCUCGCUGGAAAACUGGGAGGCUGAAAGGGAAGACCCCGGCGAACACUCGGCUCACUCCCCCACUCCCCGGUCUCAGCCAGCCCAGAUCCCCGAGUCCAGGCGCCUCUGCCUGGGAGGAAACAAGACCAGGGUGUGCCACCGGAAGGAGUGUGUAAUGUAUACUUUGAUUUGUAAGAAAAAUUGUGAUCUCACGUUGUCUUUGCAAGUGUGGAUGUUGGUGUUUUGUGAUUUGGUAAACAGAACUUAAGUUACCAUUCUGGGUUCUUCCAGACAUUUUUCACUAACAAAUAUACCAUUUAAAGGUAGAUUUCCUUCUGGUACUUUAUCUGUCUUUGAAAGUGUCUGAACUUUUAAAAGUUUACAUUUUGUUUCAAAUAU